AUGGCGUCGCACGACCCCGACAGCGUCGCCACGGUCCCCUCUCAGGUCUUGGGGCUGCUGCAAGAUUUCAUGCAGACGCAUUGGGAGCAACCUAAUCGCGUCGCAAACGCGCAACACAGCGAUGAGCAGCCCGCCUCGAACAACGAGAAAUCCGCGACAGUGCCUGAGUCCGCCGAGCGAUCGUGUCCGUCCCCGCCGACAGCUACGACCAAGCCGCCUAGUCUUCGGACUUCAAAGUCGGCACCUGAUAUGGAGAUCUCCCCAGAAAACGAUAUGACCAAGGCGCCCAUGAUGCUUAACAGGGCGCAGUCUUACCAAUUCGGUGGAGAUUUUGGCGGGGAUACACAGGAAUUGACUUCGCAAGAGCUGCGAGAGUCGAUAUCGAUAUCGAUGAGUAGGCCCAUUGAGACGCCUGGGACGGCCCAGAGGACCCAGAAAGAGGGCGACAAUGGCUAUAUCAAUCUAGAGUCAGAGUGGGACAUACAGGGAUUUGAGGAGGACUUUCUCCGUGACGAGACGCAGACAGAGAGGCCAGCACCUACCACACCGGCAUGGUCGAAGGAUAGGGAUGCGGAGAUGCCGACGACAACAAAGAAGACUCCCCACUAUUCCCAAUUCUUUGGGGCGGCCAAUCCUGUCAUGACUGCCUCCCAGCUCAUAGAUCAGACUCAGCAGGCAUCGUCCCCACCGGUCGAUCGCACAUAUUCGGACCCGAUAGACCAUCGUCCCUCUCCUGGCGAGCGUUCUUCGCCAUCCAUGGUAUGGUUUUCGAACUCCUCGCCCGACCUGGGGAGAACUAUUCGGCCGUCCACUGCACCGGGCGAACCUCGAGCUUUCUACAGAAGUAUGCAAGAAUCCCAGGCGUUACGAACAUCUCGAGCAGCUUUCCAGUCCCCUGGUCGGCCUGAGAGUGUUGGGGAUGACGACGAGAUUGAAGAGGAGCCUUUCAACACGAAGCGCAGGAAGAUACGGCGAGCGCUGAGUGACAAUGCCUUGCGCGUUACGGCGCCUGCGAGGCCAGGCUCACGGCGCUCUUGGAAGAAAGGGAGCCGUCAAUCCAUGAUAGACCUGACCACUCCAGCGCCAGCGAAGCGCCAGCGCGUGAAGUUCGAGGACUUAAAAGAGCAAGAUGAAAACACCGAGCAUUUCGAGAGCCUGGAAGAGGAAGCCGAAGAGCCGCUGCACGACGAGGAAUACGUCGCGACUCCUCUUGGGAGUGUACAAGAUGACGAAUAUGACGAAUUCAGCCAGAACAUUGUCAGCCAGGCAAAUGAGCCGCAGGACGAUGCUUCAACAGUUGCAAGCCUUGAUCCAAUUGAUCAAGAAAUGGACGAGCAGCCACCUGAGGAAGUUGAGGAAGAGGGGACAAGGCUCCAAGAACGAAGUACACAAAGAUCGACCAUUGCAGACUCGCAGCAGGACUUAGCUCCUCCAGCCAUUAUUCGACACGUUCAACAUUCAUCAACCACUUCGUUUGUUCCCGGGUCACAACAUGCUGGUAAGACAAGCGAAGAUCAAGCCCUCCUUGCAUUGUCUCAGCGUCGAAAUCGAGUCGCCGCGUCUCAGGUGGACCGCGAGGACUCGAAUGGUGCCGAGAAGUUACCAAGCUCCCCACCACUGCUCCGAGUUAGCAGCACGCUUCCUGAAGACUCUGUCGAGGCUUCUCUGGCUCGUCAGGAUAUGCUUGAGAAGUUCAAGUCCUCUACUGUACCGGGCGAGAUUCCUGAGAGCGAUUUGGCCGAGAAUGAGGCCUCGAGACUCGAGGUUGCUGUUGUCGAGAAUGGGAACGAGGAUACUCAGGACACAGCGCGAGACGGUGCUCCCUUUUCGACCGCUAGAACACAUGUCUCUGGAUCUGUAGAGUCGCCGGCACGUAGAUCUGUCGUGCCGUCCCCUCGCAAGCCGUCUCAAAGCCAGCGAAGCCAUUUGACCGAUCCUUCGCCUCGAAAGCUUGCAGGUGUACGUCGAUUCGCUGACUUUGCCACCAAUGGGACGUCAACGAACGGCAGUUUCGAUAUCGAGGCCGAUGUCGACGAUGUUAUGCUGGGUGUCAUCACGGAAGAAGAUCAGCAAGUCUGGGAUAGAACGUCAGGUCUGUCUGAUCUCCCAAGAAUGAACAAGCGACGGAAACUCGAUAAAAGCGGCUCUUCAAGGACUACUUCAACCAAUUCAAACGUCGCGCAGGACAAUCAUUCUGUUCUGGUGGAGGAGAGCGUGGAUGAGCAGGCGAAUGGUGUCAUUGCUGAAUCCGAGCCUGACAUCCCACGGCCAGAGUCACCGCCUGUGGCAUUGAGAGACAGCCCUAACAAGGCCAACGAAAUGCUGCCGCCGGAGAACAAAGGCAAAUUGAAGGCUGCUCCAGAUGAUGUUGUUUCCGAGAGCGUCAUGCUGCGCGAGAAGGCCGGCUCAGACGCUGUGUCUCAGCUUGUGCGUGCAAGAGGCACUGCUGCCGCCAAGAAAGCCAAACAAGUCACAUAUGGUCGUUCAUCGAGACGGAAGUCAAGCCGUGCGAAGAGUAUCACUGCGGAUGAAGAUGUCAUUGAAGAAGACCAAACCUCAACGAAAGCAACAUCUGCAAUGGACCACGGUAUGGACCAGUCUCUUGACGCCGGUGUGGAAGAGCCACAUGCUGCCGUCGAGCAGUCAAUUUUGUCCAUGGACGUUGGUGCUCCCCACGACUUAGCAGUCAACCGGGGCCAGCAGCCUUCAAACAAUCUUUCGAGGGACGACAUGACUGCUCUCAAUCUCAAUCCGAAGCGGGUAUUUGCGCUCUUCAAGGGUGCACCAUUGGCUUUCUAUCCUGCUACGUGGAUGGGAUCAUCGCCUGAUAGUGCCACUUUCAAGAUUCGCUUUGACGAUGGUGCUGAGACGAACAUUGAGACCCAACACGUGAAGACACUCGACCUUCGAAUUGAUGACAGCAUCAAAGUCAAUGUUCCUGGCCUGCGAAACAAAACUUGGCGAAUCGCCGGUUUUGGCGGCCCAGCCCAGACUCGUGAGGAGCGCGGGUUUGCCACGGAUGCGAAUGGGCAUAUUCGAGUCAAGAUUCAAGCCAAGAGUAGCCGAAAUAGCCUUUCAAAUGAUGCCUCAUCUGAAGCUGCUGGGGAUGCGGACGACGUCCGAGAAGUUCUCGUUGAACACAUCUACCUCACGAACACGAUGUGGCCAUCAUUCGCUGAUCGUCAGUUCACCCCACCAGCGAAGAUUAGAGCAGAUCGUGCGCAGACACCAUUAGCACAUGAGGGCACGCCAGAAAGCGAGCCUCCUCCAUCACGAUCUCGUCGUGCCAUUGUUCCUACGGCCAAGGCCAAAGGAUCUGGUCUGAGGCUUUCACAUCUCCGGGACACCUCUACCUCAUCUUCACGGAGUGCCAACAGCACAGGCAUCUUCAGCGGCAUGGCCUUCGCAGUCACGUACGUCUCAAACGAUGCACAGAAAGCCGACGUCACUCGCCUCAUUGGUCGCCACGGUGGCAUGAUACUCGAUGGCGGGUUCGAAGAGCUCUUUGAGCUUCCAAACAUUGGUGAAGCUUCGACGGAGCCUUCAAAAGAGGCCCCUCAGAAAAAGGCUGAUGAGCCAGAGACAGGUCUGCGUCUGAAGCCUGAAUACAAGGACCUUGGCUUCGUUGCACUCAUCGCCGACAAGCACAGCCGUCGUGCCAAGUAUAUGCAAGCUCUUGCUCUCGGACUGCCGACUCUCUCUGGUCGCUGGAUCAUCGACUCGCUGGACCCCUCGAAGAACAAAUCGACAGGCACAGUCGACCCCCUUCCUUGGGAGAGGUUCCUACUCGCAGCAGGUGAGAGCGCUUACCUCGGGGGCGCUGUGCGGUCGCGCACGCUCCAGCCUUACGAAAUCGCCUCCGCUGAGCUGAGCGCUACGAUUUCCACUCGCGCGCUCCUCCUGGACGGUGAGAACGUCCUCAUCGUAGCGCCAAAGAAGGACAAAGCGGGCUGGGAGAAGCGCCGAACGUACGCGUUCCUCACCCUUGCGCUGGGUGCAGGUGAAGUGAAGCGCGUGUACGAUCUGGGUGAGGCAAAGGCGCUAAUCGAGGAGGAUCCUACCUCACCCAAGUGGCUCUACGUGGAGGGUUCUGUAGCGAAGGCGAAGGAUGCGCUACUUCACACGGCUGGGAAGAAGAGGAAGCGCUCGGAAGCGCUGGACAAGGGAAAUGUGAGGAUCGUGGAUGAUGAGUUCGUCGUGCAGAGUCUUAUCUUAGGAGCGCUGCAUGAGUAG